UUUUAUUGUUGAAUUCGUCUUUGCUGCUGAGUGGAAAAAGUCUCCCUUGUUUUGGUUUCAGGUUCCUUUGAAAGCUGACAUCCUUCAUCCAUUAGGCAAUUAAAACUUUGAAUUCAUCUGACUAGAAGCUGCUGAAAGGCUCUGUGUGUCUGUGUGUGUGCACGUCAGGUUGUGUGCAGUCAUGGGUGCAGACGCAGGUAAAUUAAUGUAACAGAUGGUUUGAGGUACAUGGCAAGAAAUGAUUGUGAAAGGUCAGAGGACAGAGGCUGACAUUUACUGAGGCAUACGUCUUAUUAUCAGUGAAAAAAACUCACGGGUGCAUGACACGUGCACGUGCACACACACGUAGAGACAGCUGAGAUUGCAGCAGAGCAGCGAGGAUGAGGAGUUUGUCUGCGUGGAAAUCCACAUUCAAUCACACUUGUUUGUUUUGUGUAAGCGUGUGAAGAUGUGCGAGUCCCACCGACUCUCCUCGCUGCACGCGCACGCUUGGCACUGAUCCAACUUCAUUACAACAUGCACUGCCAGGCUGAUUGAGUGAUCAAAGCUAAUCACGUUUAAUCAUAUCUAAUCAUAUGUAAUGACCAAUACUGGCUGCACAGGCAGGACAUCGCUCUCCACUCUCCUGUUCUCCUCCCCUCCUUUUGGCACCCCCCACCACCACCUUGCUAUCUCCAUCUCCUGCCACCUCCCUCUUCCUCCGCUCCCUUCUUUCCCCUCAGUCCAAAACUAGACUGAACACAGAUGGAGGAGAAGAAAAAAGAGGAAAAUAAAAGAGGGAAAAUAAGAAUUUCACAGACAGAUGGACUCUGUCAGAGAAGCCUGGCAGCAGGCACUGCUUGCUGCCCCAUUGGGUUUUUUUUUUUUUUUUUUUCCUAAGACAAGGUGCUCCUCCCUCAGACCUCACCGACAGCCUCUUCUGAACCAUGGUUUACUCCUCUACUUACUCAUUCACGGCCCAGCUUUUAAAAAUGCACCAACUCUAAGCCUUUGUGGUCCCUGCCUUUAAUUUUUCCUCUCUGUGAUUUAAUUCCCCCUGAGAUGUUCAAUCAGACUACAGUUACACGAGUUGCUGAUGCAGGAUGAAGACUGAAACUGGGAGAAUUCAACUGCAAACAAAGUAGAAAAUGAGAUUAAAUAGGAUGCUUUGCUGCGGCUGGCAGCAGCGGUGGACGCCCGCUCUCUGCGAGCGGCCCUGCGAGACAGCAUCCAGGAGCUGCUUCCCAGCACGGAGUGCGUGUGCGUCUACCUGCUGGAGGGAGACUUCAGGCUUUUGUCUGAAGAGCCGCCGCACGAGCUGCCGGAGGAGGGGAAGAUCAGGAGUAUGGUGGACCAGCUGAAACGAUGUCAGUGCGCCGGUUUCCCUCCGUCCGAGUUGCCAGAAAAAUACAGGAUCUGCCUCGCAGCGCCGUUACCGGGACAGAAAAAAGCGGUUGUAAUUCCCAUCUCAGAUCAGGACAAAGUCCUUGCUGUCUUACUGGUGGGCUGCAAGCCUCUGUCUGAACAGGACGAACUGCAUCUGAAUGUGCUGGAGAAACAUGCCUCGGUGGCAUGUGUGCGCAUCCAGUCCAUCCAGGCGUACCAUCAGAGGCCUCCGCUCAGCCCCUCCCUCCUGCAGUCCCACAAUGCUCUGCUGCAACUCAAUGUUUCUGAACAGGACUACUGCGAGCUGGACCACAACAUCCUGCAGCUUUGUGGUGAGCUCUAUGACCUUGAUGCAGCUUCUCUCCAGCUCAAAGUCAUCAAUUAUUUGCAGCAGCAGACGCGGUCACAGUGUUGUUGUUUGCUACUGGUAUCUGAAGAUAACCACCAGUUAUUUUGCCAGGUUGUUGGAGACAAAGUCCUGGAGGAGGAGAUCAGCUUCCCGCUGAUGUUUGGACGGUUUGGUCAAGUUGUUGAAAAGAAAAAGUCAAUUUCUCUUCAGGACAUCAGUGCCGAAGAACGCAGGCAGCUGUCCAGCCUGCUGGGCUGUGAGAUCUCCUCCAUGCUUUGUGUCCCUGUGGUCAGCAGAGCCACUGGUCAUGUGGUGGCGCUAGCAUGCGCCUUUAACAAGCAGGGUGGGCAGAGACACACUGAUUCAGACGAGCACGCCAUCCAGCACUGUUUCUGCUACACCUCAACCGUCCUCACGUCAACUCUAGCCUUUCAGAAGGAACAGAAGCUCAAAGUGGAGUGCCAGGCUCUCCUUCAAGUUGCCAAGAAUCUCUUUACACACUUGGAUGAUGUGUCAGUGCUCUUACAGGAAAUUAUAGUGGAAGCCAGGAACCUCAGCGGUGCAGAGAUUUGUUCAGUGUUUCUGCUGGAUCGACUCAGCCAUGAGUUGGUGGCCAAGGUGUUUGAUGGUGGUGUGGUCAGCGAUGAGGAGAAGGAGUUUCGCAUCCCGGCCGAUCAGGGCAUUGCAGGCCACGUUGCAACCACUGGUCAGAUCCUGAACAUAAAGGACGCUUACUCACAUCCGCUCUUCUACCGGGGUGUGGAUGACAGCACCGGCUUCAGGACCCGCAACAUCCUCUGUUUCCCCAUCAAGGAUGAAAACGACGAGGUGAUUGGUGUAGCUGAGCUGGUGAAUAAAAUGAAUGGGCCUUGGUUCAACCGCUUUGAUGAGGAUCUGGCAACAGCGUUCUCCAUCUACUGUGGCAUCAGCAUCGCACAUUCUCUGCUUUACAAGAGAGUCCAUGAAGCUCAGUUCAGAUCCCACCUGGCCAAUGAAAUGAUGAUGUACCACAUGAAGGUUUCAGAGGAAGAGGUGUCCAAGCUGUUGGUGACUGGAAUCGAUCCUGUGAGGGAGACCCACCCGUGUUUUGCUGAGUUCACGUACACGCCGCGCUCCCUGCCUGACGACACCACACCCAUGUGCAUCCUCAGCAUGUUUGAAGACAUGGGUUUCAUCAACACUUACAAGAUUGACCUGCAGACUCUUGCCAGGUUCUGUCUGAUGGUGAAGAAAGGCUACAGGGACCCUCCCUACCACAACUGGAUGCAUGCCUUCUCUGUCUCACACUUCUGUUACCUGCUCUACAAAAACCUAGGGCUGUCCAACUACCUCCAGGAUAUAGAGAUCUUAGCUCUCUUUGUGUCCUGUAUGUGUCACGACUUGGAUCAUCGUGGCACAAACAAUUCUUUCCAAGUGGCCUCGCAAUCAGUGCUGGCUGCUCUCUACAGCUCAGAGGGAUCUGUGAUGGAGAGACAUCACUUUGCCCAGGCUAUUGCAAUUCUCAACACCCAAGGCUGCAACAUCUUUGAGAAGUUCUCCAGAAAGGACUACCAGCGGAUGCUGGAUUUGAUGAGGGACAUCAUUCUGGCUACAGACCUUGCUCACCACCUUCGCAUUUUCAAGGACCUGCAGAAGAUGGCUGAUGAUGGAUACAAUCCAAAAAGUCGUGCCCAUCAUUCCUUGCUGCUGUGCCUGCUGAUGACCUCCUGUGACCUGUCAGAUCAAACGAAGGGCUGGAAAACCACGCGCAAGAUCGCUGAGCUGAUCUACAAAGAGUUCUUCUCUCAAGGAGAUUUGGAAAAAGCCAUGGGGAACAGGCCCAGUGAGAUGAUGGACAGAGAGAAAGCAUACAUCCCAGAACUACAGAUCAGCUUCAUGGAACACAUUGCCAUGCCCAUCUACAAGCUGCUGUCUGAACUGUUUCCCGGGGCUACUGAACUGUACGAGCGAGUGGCGGCAAAUCGUGAGCAGUGGACCAAAGUGUCCCACAAGUUCACCAUCCGUGGGUUGCCAAGCAACAACAGCCUCGACUUCCUGGACCAGGAGUACGAGCUGCUUCAGUCCCAAGGCGCUUUCGGGAGCGACGAUCACUGCCUCAACGGUUGCCUUGACGAAAUAGAGGAAGGGAGGGGCCAGUGACGCGCCUGACAAUGUUCCCUGGAAGUUUUCUGUGGUCCAACGAAGAGGCAAACGACACCUUUUUAGCGGCCAAGCGGGGACUUGUCUCUCUGCUGUUAUCCGGUUUGAUGCUCAGUCGGUGUUUCAAACUAACUGCAUCAGACGGGGGGAUCUGAAGCUGAGUAGAUUCAUCUGAGUGGGUUCACUGAUUAGAUGUUACAUCUCGCUUUGUCAUCCAGCGGACGAGAGUAGAAAUGGUGACUUUUAAUCAUUUUCCACUAAGGUUUUGACCACUAGUAAGUUUAUUUAUUCAGUACUGAUCUUGAUUGUAAAAACACAGAUUGACACACAUAUGCACACGCUCUUUAGACAGUUGGAGGCAAACAUUCACCUUUACCGCUUCUUCAACGUAAGAGUGAGAAAAAUGUUCUGUAAAUUGUUUCAUAAUAGCUUCAAAUAAAGAAAAUGGCUCAGCUUUUCCAGCUGCAGAUGCCAUAGUUUUCACCUGAUGCAUAACAAUACAUGAUGUGUGUGUGUGGACGUCUCGUGUGUUGUUUUUUUCUUUCUUUUGUGUUGAUUUUUUUUCCAUGGUUAGCAUGUUUUGUGUUUCACUCAUGUUGUCUUUUAUUCAUUCAUCACAAUUAAGUUAUUUAAUUUACUUAAAGACCCACUCCGAUCAU